AUGGAUAAAGGCAGUAUUUACCAAAAAAUCGACAGUGGCAGCGAUACUGUCGAUUCGUAUCGUCCUAUGACAAUUCCAAUCGGAGAAUCGGGUGGUAGAAGGCAAUAUCUGCAAACUGAAGUCUUCUACGAAGGAGAAGACAGAAAUGUGGUAAAUAGUAAUCAAUGGAGAUGGCUAAAGAGCACCCUUAAAAAUGCUAACAAAAGAGAAAAUAGAAAACAACAGCCAUGGAUAAUCGUAGCUGGACACAGACCGAUCUAUUGUUCAACUACAGUGUCUGAAGCUUGCCCAGAUUAUAAAUUACAAUCCGAAUACGAAGACCUUUUCUUUAAAUAUGGAGUAGAUAUCGUCUUCUCGGGUCAUGAACACGAUUAUGAGAGAUCUUAUCCAAUUUAUCAAAAUAAUCUCUGUACUCCAAAAGAAGAUAAUCCAUAUAUAAAUCCGUGUGCACCUAUUUACAUCAUCAGUGGAGCAGCAGGAAAUUUUAGAGGACAAUUUAUAUUUUUAGACUUUCAACCAAAUUAUAUAGCAUAUCGUAGUCGUGAUGUUAGUUAUACUCGUUUAACAGCUUACAACUCCACAGAUCUAUACUUAGAACAGGUUUCGGUAGAUGAGGUGUUCAGUCAACUUCGAAAUGAUGAGACUUAAACCAGAAUACUUGGA